CAGCCGCAGCUGGUCUGUUUUCAAACGGACGGGAGCUUUAGCGCCGGUACAAAGUAAGUGAGAACAACGUUUCUUGUAUUUGUCAGUUUUGUCUUCAACAAAUAUCUUUUCCAAUGGAUUUGGAUGGCGGAACCUACGAGCCAGGAUUUGUUGGGAUACGGUUUUGUCAAGAAUGUAAUAACAUGUUAUAUCCUAAAGAAGACAAGGAGAACCGCAUCCUGCUCUAUGCUUGCAGGAACUGUGACUACCAGCAAGAGGCAGACAACAGCUGCAUCUAUGUCAAUAAGAUCACCCACGAGGUUGAUGAACUGACACAAAUCAUCGCUGAUGUAUCUCAGGAUCCAACACUGCCAAGAACAGAGGACCACCCCUGUCCCAAAUGCGGUCACAAGGAGGCAGUGUUCUUCCAGUCUCACAGUAUGAAGGCUGAGGAUGCUAUGCGACUAUACUACGUGUGCACGGCUCCUCACUGUGGACACCGGUGGACAGAGUAAAAGCUGGUGAUGAUUAAAAGCUAAAUAAAUAAAAGAGUUCUAGCAUUUGCA